AUGACCAAGGUACCAGUCACCAAGAAGAUGCAGAGUGCCCCUGCCUCCGGGGCCCUAUUUCCCUUUUUUGCCUCAGCUCUCCUAACACAGGUCCCAGAAAAGCCAAUGAGAAGCAUCAGGUAUAUGGAGAAGGAAAUAAUAAACCUCAAGAAAGACCUUAAACGAAGCCGCACCUUAAUUCAGUGGGUGAAGAUUGGCCGUGGAUACUUCACCAUCCUGAAGGAGGAGAGUGCCUUGAAAAAGAAGCAGCAACAACUGGAGAAACUAAAAGAGGAAGAAAGAAAUAAAUUCCAACCAGCCAAAAUGCUGUCAGAUAUCCAGUAUGGGGAUUUGGUUCUGCCCACAUACGGGGAUGAGAAGACGAAGAAGGCAGUGGCUGAAGUCAUCCUGCGACCGUUCACCCCCAUGCACAGCUGCAUCAUUUCACCCUCGCUGCCCGAGGCCCACGUCGAGCCCAUCUUCCGCCAGCUCUGCGUCCUCCACUGGCUCCUGGAGGCCCUAACUAUCGACCACAGCCACCAUACCAUGAAGCCUGUGAUCACCUGCUGGAAUCCCAAGGACCCAGGUGGAAGCAAGAGCACAAUAAAAAAAAUCAAUAAGGACAAGUCCAUGGGACAGAGAUGGGAGCACUUCGUCACAGCACCGAAGACCAAGAAAUUCAAAAUCCCUGUAGCACGCCCCACCACCCGCAAACCAAGCCGACGAGGCUCCACCCUCAGUCUGUCUCGGACGAGUGGAGGGUCAUCCCCCCAGAGCAGCAUGAUCUCCGUGAUCCCGGGCUCGGAUGAACCUCCAAGUGUGAUCAUCCAGGCGACAGGCAGCAAAGACAUCGAGGACAAUGAAUCGUCUUCAACCAAGCCUGAAGAAGAGCCUCUCCAUAUCAGUCUGCAGAAGCUCCUAGAGAUGGUUCGGGAAGAUGCUCGGAGAACAAUCACCCUGGAAAACGAGAUGCAAAGACAGGCACCCAGCAUCUUGUCAGUGCUCAGACAAAACAAGAGCGAUUCUGCCUAUAAGGACAUGCAGACCACCCGCAAAUCAAGUGACAGAUCCAGCAGUACAAGCGGAGACAGCCACUCCCAGGUGCUCCAGAAGAAGCUUAAAAGGUACGCCAGCCGCGCCAACCGUGACAUCAUCCAGUACAAGAGUGGGGUGUGUAACACCAUGAGGGCCAAGUUUUACAGCGUGGCCCAGGAGGCUGGCUUCUGUCUACAGGAUAAGAUGGAAAUCCUCAUGAAGCGCCAAGAAGAAAGAGGUAUCCAGAAGUUCCACUCUUUCAACCUUGUCUCAAAUUUCCAAAAGGAUAUAGCCAAAAUGAGACACCAAGUCUCCGCAGUGAAAGCCGAUGCAGAAGAAAUUGCAGACCACUGGUACUUUGACCUGCUGUCCAGACUCCCUGAGGAUCUGAAGAAUUUCCGCCCUGUGAGGAAGAUCCUGGCAAAACUGCAGAAGUUUGGGGAAAAUCUGGACCUGAGGAUCCGACCGCAUGUCCUCCUAAAGGUGCUCCAGGAGCUAAGAGCCUGGGAACUGUGCUCCCCGGACAUCGCAGUCGCCAUCGAGUUUGUGCGAGAACACAUCAUCCAUAUGCCUCAAGAGGAUUAUAUCAGCUGGCUGCAGAGCCGAAUCAACAUCCCCAUCCGGUCCCAGAGUGCCCAGACGUAG